UCCCUUAAUAUCUAAUUAUAAAUAUACUUGUUUAGGGGCCACAAAAGGCCUUGUGUGUAUGUAAAUCAGUGACAGUCCAACAGACAGGUUUGAAUAGGUACCUCCCUCCGGCUGGUAUGUCGUCCAACAGGUUUUGGACAGCGUAUCGUAGAGAAAGCAACGCUUUUGUGUCUUGAAGUUUUAAUCUAGAACGUCAUGUAUGUGUAAAAAGCAAAGGAUUACGACACCGGAGAACACCUGUGAGCAGGUUCCGUGCAGUUUUUGCCGCAAUGGCUGUCUCCCUGAGGUGGAUUUGUGUGCUGAACUUUCUGCAGUGGGCCCACUGCUCUGUCACCUUCAGGCACACUUCAGGGGCUUCGCUGUUCCUGGAGGAAGAGUCGGCCAACGCUUUCCUGUCCCGCUCAUUGCUGUACAACAGCUGGGACUUUGAGUUGGUGGUGCCUGACAACCUGGAAAGGGAAUGUCGAGAGGAGAUUUGCACGUUCGAAGAAGCCAGAGAAAUCUUUGAGGACAACGCUCAAACGCAAGCAUUUUGGGAAGACUACAUCCAAGCCCACGAAUUUGCGCCCAGAGUGGACACGUCAGGUCUGAUCGCAGGGAUCCUUGCACUAGUUGUGUGCGCUGUCAUCGCCACUGUGCUGGGCAUCUACUGCUACAUGUCCAAGAAGCGAGGUGGAAGGAGACCCGUGCAAAUGCCACAAGAUGGACAUCAAGGCCCGGAAAUGGUGCCCCUGGCAACCAUCCCAGGUUUGCCCAGCUACAACGAGGCCCUACACCGCAGUGGGAUGCACGAUGCCCCGCCGCCGCCUUAUUCAGGGGGGGCGCCAUCGGAACCUGCAGACCCAGGAGACAACCAGUGAGAAGCUUCCAGCCAGCUGCUUCAAUGUGCUUGAAGCUUCUCAGUGAACUUUGAACUUUGCAUUGUGUGUUUUUUGUAUUUAUGGGCGGAGUUAAGAGGUAACUCAGAAUGGAUGAGGUACAUAUUGACCGUGUGCAGGUGAGGGUGUGGUUUUGUAAUUGCACUGUCCGUAAUGUUAGAUAAA